CCUCCGCGGGCGGGUGCCCCAAUUGCCAUCCCUACCCUCGAGCGACUCUGCCUUUCAUUCUCCUCUGCCCUCCUGAGUCUCCUCUCCUCUCCUCUCCAAAUUUCACCACCACCCACUGCCGUGCAUAUGAUAUCGAUGAGUCAGUACGGGUUGAGUCUGUAGACUCAGCCUAAGUCUUUGAACCAUGGUUAUAGCAGAAUUCUUCCCCUUUCUGAAACUCCAAAGGCUUGUUACUCACUUCUUUACUUCCUGUUCUUCUUUCUCUUCUUUGAAUUACUGCUAUCGUCCUGCUCUAUCUUCUCGUGGUUACUUCUACCAUGCCAGCACCACUGCUGUUAAAUAUCCAAAAUCAAAAUCAAAUGUGUGGGCAAUUGAAAUUCAACAAAGAAAUACGAGGGCCAAGAAUUUCUGCACGAGUACUACAAGUACUAGUGAUAGGAAUUUCGCCAAUGGUUAUGUUAACAACAAGGCAGCAGCUAGUGGCAAUAGAAAUGUGAACGGGGACAUUGAUGAUGAUGGUGGUGGUCUUCCCAUUGCUGUUUCGGGCCGCGGUUAUUUGACAAUGUCGGAUGAGCAGUUGCUGAGGGGAUGCGAGAUGGAUACCUUUAAAGCUUCUGGUCCAGGGGGACAGCACCGUAACAAGCGCGAGUCUGCUGUGCGCCUCAAGCACCUCCCUACUGGAAUCGUUGCCCAGGCUGUGGAGGACAGGUCGCAGCAUAGGAACCGUGCGUUAGCUCUAUCUCGCUUACGUACACUCUUAGCUCUCAAAGUUAGGAAUCCUGUGGUGCUUGAUACCUACACGCCUCCUCAAGAGCUUCUUCAAAUACUUCCUGCCAGAUCAACCAUCAAGGGAUCAGACUGCGGGCCACAAAUUGGACCAAAUAACCCCAAAUUUGUUCUGGGAUUGCAAGCUUUACUUGAUCUAAUAUUUGCAGUUAAUGGAUCUGUCUCGGAUGCUGCACGCUUGUUGGGCUUAAGCACAGGUGCUCUAUCUCGGUUGAUCUUAUCGGAUGAUUCACUGAGAAUGGUUGUGAAUGAGUUUAGAGCAUCCAAGUCUGAGCUGAACUCGCAAAUACUCAUGGAGAAACUGAAUUCGAGGUACAACUAUGCAGGGGAUGAAGCCUCUGAAGUAGGAUUCCUGUCUGACAACAGGUGGAUGCUGCAGGUGAGAUCCAGUGUUUUGGUUGGAUGGUUAGUCACAAAGUUAACAGAAGCAACAUAAGAAGAAAUAGGAUUUAUCAACUUAACGUGGCAGCAGCUUUAAUGAAUUUGGAUACAUCUGCAUAAGUUUUUCGAGGUAACAUAAGAAGUUCUGGCACAUCAGACUUUCUUCUGCGAAAAACAAAGAAAUCAAAAACCGAUAAAAGCAUAUGGUAAAUUUAUUGAGGAGACACAUUUCAUGGGAUUUAUCAGAGCUUGAACAGCAGGUAGGCAAGUUUGAAUCAAUUUGUAGAGAUUUUCUUCCUUGUUGCAAUAUACUGGUAUGACUUGUGACAUUUUUAUAGAUCAUGGUGCUUUUUAUUUAUUUCUUUAACUUUUUUAAAAUUUCUGCGCCUGCCAAAAUUUUGGCUUUUGGGUCACUUUGCAACCCAAACUUUGAUUGUGGACAUCUGCACCCUAAGCACUUUAGUUGGUCAAGUUGUUGAUAAGUUUCACCAAAAUAACAUGUUAUUCCCAUAGUUGAUUAAUUCUUCAAUACGAGGAUGGUUUUUAAGAGUUUAAGGUGCAAAACAUCUCAGACUUAAAAUUUAGGGUGCAAAGUGAGAAUCAGUGUAAUGUUUUAGGAUGCAAAGCAAGAUUUACCCAAAAAGGGUGGCUGCUCUCUCUUAAUUCCAUCAUGCCUAUGAACUCAACGGUAUUAAAAUCCAACAGUUAGCAGGAUACAUGGUAGUUCUGUAAAUAUAAGCUGUAUGUACUUGGAUAAUUGGUGGUGGACCUCAAACUCAAAGGCAGAAACACAGAAUUUUCUUGGCUUUCAGGGCUUUUUCUUUUUCACUUUGUUGUGUAGUCAAAAUAAUGAAACAUCCACGAAUUGUAUAGUAUUGCAAUUUUAUCCACUUAAGAAAAGCUAA